GUCUUUUAAGACCUGACCAGUCAAUGUUGUAUGUAGAGGUCUUUGAGGUCAAAAAAGCCAAAUGAGCCAUCAAGAUUUUAGUGUGUCAGAAGUUUCUGCUGACAUUCUGUGUGAGUUUCUUGAAGUGGCAUUCCAUUGUAUUCUGUAUGUGAGGCAGAUCUAUCCACCUGGAGUCUUUGAAAGAAGAAAAAAGUACAAUAUUCCAGUGCAGGUAUCACGUCACCCGGAGGUGAGCAGUUAUAUCCAGGAAGUGGUAAAAAGUCUGAGACCAUUGCUUCAAAGUAACGAGCUGGAGAAAGUGGUGUUGGUGAUCCUGGACGGUUUUGAACGUCCUGUAGAAAGAUUUGUCUUCGAGAUAACAACUCCACAACAACCCAAUAUCAGUGAUGACAGUUUCUUACUGAGGAUAGAGCAGGCCUUGAGGUCAUUUAUUUUAAAGCUGAAUAUUUGUGAAGCUCUGCUGUCAGACAAGCCAAAAGACUGCACAUGGACAGUUCAAGUUCACACCAAAGAAAGUGCUGUGGACACCUUACAAAGUCAGCCACUCAUAGAGUCGUUUCCAUGGGUACAAGCUGAAGAUCUCCAGACCAGCAUGGCAGACUCUAGACUAGUGCCACUGAAAGCCAUACAGACUGGGCUUGUACAGAUGCAGCUGUAUGCUGAGGAAAUUGAAGAUAAAACGUGAAGCUUGUCUAAAACAGAUGGAAUAUUUAUCUAUGAUAAACUCCAAUGUCUUUGCACUAUGGGCUGCUUAUAUGUAAGAUACUGAAGAUUCACUUUGAUUUCUGAGUAAACUAAAAUGUAUCUGCUGCCAAGUGAGUCUUCAUUGUCAUGGUACUGUUUAGCACAAAAAUUCAUGUGUUAGCACUCCUAUUGACGAUUCUGAUAUGUACUGUCUGUGGUAACGCG